AUGGACCUUCAAAGCCUUGCCCGAUUCUGCCGAUUUCUUAAAGUUUUCUCCGUGUUUUCCGGCUUUCUGUUUUUUAACCACACUUCAAGUCUUCUGCUGUUCAGAUUCUGGGGAUAUUCCUGCAUUUCAAUAGUGAUCGUGUAUGUUUUAUGUUUCUCCUCGCUCUUAGUCUUCUGGUGUGGAUUCCAACGGUGGUUAAAAGCUCGAGGGACAAGAGAGCGCCAAGCACUUAUCCAGGAGCUGCGAUCCAUCGAGACAGAAAAAAUUCCUUUCGUCAUUGAUCGAUUUUUGGCGCUCGACAGACUUCAAACGCAGCAAAAGACACAAUCAAAGACAGUUGAGCCUUAUACUGAUGAUAAACAGUGUGUUGUUUGUCUGGACGCAGAAGCGUGCAUUCAAACGUUCCCGUGUGAACACGUUGUUGUGUGUGGCUGGUGCGCCUGGCAGUCACUUAAGCUGGCUUACUUACAACAGAUGCCGCAUCGCUGUGUCGUGUGCAGGGCUGAGAUUCAGGAUUUUAGCGGCUGUUUAAUCAAAGGCUUGGUUGAUGUAAAUUGGAAGGAUGUGCGGAAGAUCAUUGAAGAGAUAAAAAGUGCUUAA